AUGCUCGACGAGGCGAUUGCUCAGAAGCUUGAUAUUGAGAAGUUCUCUUCCACUCCAAACACUUUCUGCAUCGCGGACGUAGGCUGUUCAGUUGGACCAAACACCUUCAUUGCCAUGCAAAAUAUACUAGAGGCCGUGGGGAGGAAGUAUGAGUCCAAAGCCCUCGCUUCAGAGCUACCUGAAUUCCAAGUGUUCUUCAAUGAUCAUGCCAUGAAUGAUUUCAACACCCUUUUCACCACCCUCCCACCCGAAAAACAUUACUUUGCUGCCGGUGUGCCAGGUUCUUUCCAUGGCCGGUUGUUCCCUAAGUCCUCUCUCCAUGUAGUCCAUGCCUCUUAUGCACUUCACUGGCUUUCCAAGGUGCCAGAAGAGGUGCAAGACAAAGACUCUCCUGCAUGGAAUAAGGGGAGAAUUUACUACACUAGGGCCUCUGAUGAAGUAGCUAAUGCCUAUGCAGCUCAAUUUGCCAAGGACAUGGACAACUUCUUGAACUUUAGAGCUACAGAGAUAGUAGUGGGCGGGAUGAUGCUACUUGUCAUGACGGUUAUUCAGGAUGGGUUUCAUCGUUCUCAGAGCGCAGGCGGUUUUCUGUACGAUGAGCUGGGAUCUAGCCUUAUGGAUAUGGCACAUGAGGGAUUAAUCAAUGAGGCUCUGAUCGACACAUUUAACUUGCCUGUGUAUACAACUACUAUGAACGAGAUGGCAAGACUGGUGGAAAGAAACGGAUAUUUUAACAUUGAGAGAAUGAAGUUGACAGACCCAAUAUUGAACGUCGAGGGACCAGCUGAUAUGCAGAUGUGUACAAUGCACAUAAGAGCUGCCGUGGAGGGUGUGCUAACAAAACACUUUGGAAGCGAGAUAAUUGAUGAACUUUUCACUCGCUUUUAUCAGAAAGCUGCAAAGUAUCCCUUGAUCGAGUCCAAAUACAAGAAAGGAAAUCUGCUGUUUCUUGCUCUGAAGCGCAAAUGA